AUGUCCGAGGAAGCUACAGGAGAAUCUUCUUCACGGGGACGCGGUCGCGGUCGCGGCCGAUCUCGAGGUGGUAUGGGAAAGUACCUUCGUGCCCGUGGACGCGGCCAUCGCGGAGGCGGGCGACCGGCCGUCUUCAAGGAGCGUCUUGUGCUCGAAGGCGAGCAAGAAGAAGAGCUCGAUGAAGAAGAAGCUGCGGCUCAGGCUCAGAAAUUCUCGAGAAGGCAGCUUGGUACCAAUGCUGACCGGUACAAGGAGCCGGAACCUGAGCUCGACUCCGAGGGCGAGGAGAUACUAGAGCCUGAAGUAGACCUAUCCAAGUUUCUCGAACGGCAACGCCUCGAGGAUGCUCCUGAGACGAUUCUGUCGCCAAAGUCAGAUGUGGAUGAUGACGACGUAGACCAUUCUCUAGCACAUAUCGGCACCGGAGAAAGAUUAGACGCGAUUUCGAGAAAGGGUAGAGUGCAACAAAUUGAAUGGGAUGCUUCUCUAGAGGAAAUGAGACGAGAGAAAGCUGAGGCUGAAGCAACGCGAGAUUUGAAGAACCGCUUUAGAACCCAAGUUUCCAGACAACGAGGCAGCAGAUUGAAUCCCAGAGGCUCAACCUCUGUGCGGGGUAGGCGCAAGCAAGAUGUUUAUGUCGAAGCACCUCCACUGCCGACUGAACAAGAAGGCGCGCCUCAAGGAGAGAAGGCCCAGAUGGAAGACUUCCUCGAUGAUUUAUUGGGGUAG